AGUGGUAGCGCUCGUCUGGCGGAGCUGGGGCUGAAAGACACACAGAAGUCUUCAUGGAUAUAGUUGAUACAUUUAAUCAUUUAAUUCCUACUGAACACUUAGAUGAUGCCCUAUUUCUAGGAUCCAACCUGGAGAAUGAAGUCUGUGAGGAUUUUAGUACAAGUCAAAAUGUCUUAGAGGACUCGCUGAAGAACAUGCUCAGCGAUAAGGAUCCUAUGCUAGGAUCUGCAAGUAACCAGUUCUGUUUGCCUGUUUUGGAUAGCAAUGAUCCCAAUUUCCAGAUGCCUUGUUCAACAGUUGUUGGUCUUGACGAUAUUAUGGAUGAAGGAGUUGUUAAAGAAAGUGUGAAUGAUACCAUUGAUGAAGAAGAACUGAUUUUACCUAACAGGAAUUUGAGGGACAAAGUAGAAGAAAAUUCAGUAAGAUCACCAAGAAAAUCACCUCGUUUAAUGGCACAAGAACAAGUAAGAAGUUUGCGACAAAGCACUAUUGCCAAGCGUUCAAAUGCAACACCUUUAAGUAGCACAAAAAAAGCAUCUGGGAAGACUGUAUCUUCCCCUAAAGCAGGGGUAAGACAACCAGAAAGGUGUCAGAUUAAAGAAGAAGUGUGUACAUCACUGAAACCUGAGUAUCAUAAAGAAAAAAGGAGCAACCGACAUACUGGACAAAUCGACGGGGUGCCAGAAGUACCACUGUCUCCAAGUCAUUCUUCAGUGUCAUCUUGUUUGGAAAUGAAGGAUGAAGCUGAACUAGAUUCUCAACAAAAGUGUAAUAAUAAGGGAGAAGGAAAUGUGUCAUCUCAUGAAUCAAGUUGUCCACUUCUUUCAGAUACUUGUGUCAGUAUUGAAGAAAAGAAAAAUGAAGCUCUGAUGGAUUGUAAAAUCAAGACUGUUAGCAGCCCAUUUAAAUUUUCAGAUAAAGAAGAGCAUGAGCAAAAUUAUUCCAGUUCAGAUAAAAUGGAUGAGACUGUUGUUGAAGAAUUUAAGGCAAAGGGAAAAAUUGAACAAGAAUCACAGUGGGCAGUAAAAUCAUCACAUGAAGGUGACCAAAUUGUUGAGGAACCUGUAUCUUCUGCUGCUGCUCUCUCUGGCGGUACUGCUUGUACAAAUCCAAAUAAUACAGAAAAGAACUUUGUAGAUUUGUCUACUUCUGUUGAUGAGGCAUCUGAAUGUAAUUUGGAAUUAAAGAAUACUAUGGAAGUUUCUGAUAAAGCCAAUAAUUUCCUUCUAAGAAAUAAAAUAGAACCACUGGGUUAUUGUAAAGACACAGAGUCUAAUGAUAAGCUGUCACAGAGUACUGAAUUGAAUAAAUCAGACUUAGGGAUUGCUGAUACUACUGAUUUUGAACCAGCAAGUAAUAUUUUAGAAAGUGUAUGUGAUGCUCCUGAUCACAAUUCAAGACAGCAUGUUGAAACAAUUAAAAUGGAGUCCCAUGAUACAGCAAAUCUUCAGGUUGAUAGAAACAGCCAGUCAAGUAGUAAUUCUUACUUAGAGCCAAAAAUCAUGAAAUCUCAACACAUGAAACCUGCAGUUCAUUCAAAGCAAAAUUUGACCACAGAUGCGCCAAAGAAAAUUGUUGCAGCAAAGCUUGAAGUAAUACAUAACAAAAACAAAGUUAAUGUUAAAAGUGUGAAACGGAAUGCUAAUGAACUGGAAUCUCAUCAGAAUUUUAUUAGGCCAGUCAAAGUGAGGAAGAAAGUUAAUAAAGAUUUAAAGAUUCAGAAUAGUAAUUCUGGGGUUAAAUCGGUGAAAAAUGAAACUCAUUUGGUAUUUAAGAAAGUAUCACAGGAUCAAAAUAUCAUACAGAUAUCUAAACCAUUAACUCAUUCUUUGAGUGAUAAGCUUCAUAGCUACCCUGCUUGUUCGAAAGAACCGCCUCAUCAUCUGGCCCAAGCUGGGCAUUUAUUACAUUCCAGCCAAAAGCAGUGCCAUAAACCCCAGCAGCAGGCCCUAGCAGUGAAAACCAAUUGUCAUGUGAAGGAAGAGCUUGAACAAGCAAGUGUUGAGCAUUUUAAGGAGGAGGAUAAACUGAAACUGAAAAAAAAUGAGAAGAAUCUACAGCCCCGUCAAAGAAGGAGUAGUAAAAGUUUUUCUUUGGAUGAGCCACCAUUGUUCAUUCCAGACAACAUAGCUACUGUAAAAAGAGAAGGCUCAGAUCAUAGUUCCUCAUUUGAAAGCAAAUAUAUGUGGACUCCCAGCAAGCAGUGUGGUUUUUGCAAAAAGCCACAUGGCAACAGGUUUAUGGUUGGCUGUGGGAGAUGUGACGACUGGUUUCAUGGUGAUUGUGUUGGCUUAAGUCUUUCCCAAGCACAACAAAUGGGAGAAGAAGACAAAGAAUAUGUGUGUGUGAAAUGUUGUGCUGAAGAAGAUAAAAAGACUGAAAUAUUAGAUCCAGAUAAUUUGGAAAGCCAAGCUAAAAUUGAAAUUCAUAGUGAAGAUAAAACAAUGGAGUGUGAAAAGCUUGGCUUAUCAAAGCAUACCCCAACAAAUGAAAAACACAAAUUUAUAGAUGAUACAGUAAAGCAUAAGGUGAAAAUUUUAAAACGGGAAUCUGGUGAAAGCAAAAGCUCAUCAGAAUGUAGAGAUAGUGAAAUUAAAAAAUGGCAGCUAGCUCCUGUUCGAAAGAUGGGACAAGCAGUUUUACCUCGGCGAUCCUCAGAUGAAAAAAGUGAAAAAAUAACAAGAGAGUCUACAACUGUUAUUUGCACAGGAGAAAAACCUUCAAAACCAGGUACUCAUGAGAAGCAAGAGAUAAAAAAGAAGAAAGUUGAUAAAGGGGCAGUGGCUAAUGUGCAUCCACCUACUGCUGCUGCUUCUAAGCCUUCUGCAGAUCAGAUCAGACAAAGUGUCAGACAUUCUCUCAAAGACAUUCUUAUGAAAAGACUUACAGAUUCAAAUUUGAAGGUGCCAGAAGAAAAGGCUGCAAAAGUUGCCACAAAAAUUGAAAAAGAACUCUUCUCUUUUUUUCGGGACACAGAUGCUAAAUAUAAGAACAAAUACAGAAGUUUAAUGUUUAAUCUGAAAGAUCCUAAAAACAAUAUAUUAUUUAAAAAAGUACUGAAAGGAGAAGUAACCCCUGAUCAUCUUAUAAGAAUGAGUCCAGAAGAACUAGCUUCUAAAGAGUUAGCUGCUUGGAGACGAAGAGAAAACAGACAUACCAUAGAAAUGAUUGAGAAAGAGCAGAGAGAAGUUGAAAGACGACCAAUCACAAAAAUAACUCAUAAAGGUGAAAUAGAAAUUGAGAGUGAUGCUCCAAUGAAAGAGCAGGAAGCUGCCAUGGAAAUUCAGGAACCUACAGCUAACAAGUCAUUGGAGAAAAUAGAAGAAUCUGAAAAACAGAAAGAGGAGAUUGACCUCAUGUCUAAAGAUACCACUAGUCAACACAGACAGCAUCUUUUUGAUCUUAACUGUAAAAUUUGCAUAGGUCGAAUGGCACCACCUGUAGAUGAUCUUUCUCCAAAAAAAGUAAAAGUUGUUGUUGGAGUAUCUCGUAAACAUUCAGACAAUGAAGCAGAAAGUAUAGCGGAUGCAUUGUCUUCAACGUCCACUAUUUUGGCUUCUGAAUUCUUUGAAGAUGAGAAGCAAGAGUCUCCAAAGUCAGCAUUCUCUCCUGCUCCACGUCCUGAGAUGCCUGGAACCAUUGAGGUUGAAUCUACAUUCCUGGCUCGUUUGAACUUCAUCUGGAAAGGUUUUAUCAACAUGCCUUCUGUGGCAAAAUUUGUUACCAAAGCCUACCCAGUGUCAGGCUCUCCUGAGUACUUGACAGAGGAUCUGCCAGAUAGUAUUCAGGUUGGUGGCAGGAUAUCACCUCAAACCGUUUGGGAUUAUGUGGAAAAAAUAAAAGCCUCAGGAACCAAGGAAAUUUGUGUGGUUCGCUUCACACCAGUAACUGAAGAAGAUCAAAUUUCGUAUACAUUGCUGUUUGCGUACUUCAGUAGCAGAAAACGCUAUGGAGUAGCUGCUAACAACAUGAAGCAGGUUAAGGAUAUGUACCUUAUUCCUUUGGGUGCCACAGAUAAAAUUCCACACCCUCUUGUGCCUUUUGAUGGACCUGGGCUUGAACUGCAUAGACCUAAUCUACUGUUGGGCUUGAUUAUUCGUCAGAAACUGAAGCGGCCGCAUAGUGCUAGUGCUAGCCAUGUAGCUGAGGCUCCUGAAACUGUGCCGGGGGCAUUGCCACCUGAUAAAAAAAGUAAAAUAGAAGCUUCUACAGAGGAAGCACCAGAGGAAGAAAAUGACUUUUUUAAUUCUUUUACAACAGUAUUGCACAAGCAGAGAAAUAAGCCUCAGCAGACUCUCCAGGAAGACCUUCCAACAACAGUUGAACCUUUAGUGGAAGUCACCAAACAGGAGCCACCAAAACCUUUAAGAUUUCUUCCUGGGGUAUUGAUUGGCUGGGAAAAUCAGGCUUCUAGCCUGGAUUUAGCAAAUAAACCUCUUCCUGUGGAUGAUAUACUUCAAAGCCUUUUGGGCUCCACUGGUCAAGUAUAUGAACAAGUUCAGCCAGUGAUAGAACAAAAUAAUCUUAAAGACAUUCCAUUUAUCAAUGAGCAAACCAACCCAAAAGCAGAAAAAGUAGAUGAAGUAGAAAUAACUGAUGAUGAAGCCAAGGAGGUGAAGGUUAAAGUAGAUAAUAAUACAGAAGCUACAGAUAAUUCAGUAGUAGUAGAAGAAGAAACAUCACCACUGGGGUCAUCUUCCACCUCUCCAGGAGCUUUAACGAAUCUUAGUUUGAGAGGUAAACCACCAGAUAUUUCUACAGAAGCAUUCUUAACAAAUUUAUCAAUUCAGUCAAAACAAGAGGAAACUAUGGAGAGUAAAGAGAGCACAUUAAAAAGCCAGCUGCUUCAAGAUCAGGAGAACCGUUCACAAGAUAACCAGACUUCAAAUACUGGUUCUCCUGGCAGAGCGAAUAUAGGAAAAGGAAACAUAGACAGUAAUGUGAGUUGCAGUGACAAUCUUGUUGGUAGCACGACAAGGUCUCCACAGUUUAUCAACUUGAAAAGGGACCCUAGACAAGCUGCAGGACGCAGUCAGCAGUUAAAUACGUCAGAGAGCAAAGAUGGCGAUAGUUGCCGGAAUGAAGAGAGAAACACGCUGGCUGGCCUGUCACACAACAAGGAGCACUUAACAGAGCCAACCAGUGUAGAAGAAAACUUGUCUUCUGUAGAGAGAAACUCAUGUGUUCAGCAGAGUGAUAAUUCAAGUGUUCCACAAAACUCAGCUUCAGUAGAAAAUAUACAAACUCCUCAAACAGAACAAACAAAACCUUUACAGGAGGAUAUUUUAAUGCAAAAUAUUGAAACUGUGCACCUGUUACGAAGAGGAUCAGCGGCAGCAACAUCUCAUUUUGAACUUGGAAACGCAUGCCAACCAGAGUUUCCUUCUAAAAGCAUCAAUUUUACCUCUAGAAGCACCAGCCCUAGAACAAAUGCAAACUUUUCACCUGUGAGGCCACAGCAGCCCAGCCUUCAGCAUCUCAAGUCUACCCCACCUGCAUUUCCAUUUCCAGGACCCCCUAACUUCCCCCCACAGAACAUGUUUGGAUUUCCACCACAUUUGCCUCCCCCACUACUUCCCCCUCCAGGCUUUAGCUUUCCUCAGAAUCCAGUGGUUCCUUGGCCGCCUGUUGUUCAUCUGGCAGGCCAGCCACACCGUAUGUUGGGCCCCCUCUCACAAGCUUCAAGGUAUAUGGGCCCACAAAAUUUUUACCAGGUUAAAGACAUUCGGAGACCAGAAAGACGUCAUAGUGACCCUUGGGGUAGGCAAGACCAACAGCACCUGGAUAGGGUAUUCACUAGGGGCAAAGGGGACCGCCAGAGAUUUUAUAGUGAUUCGCACCACUUGAAAAGGGAACGGCAUGAAAAGGAUUCUUGGGAGCAAGAAUCUGAAAGGCAUAGACGCAGAGACAGAAAAAGCAGGGAAGAAGGGCACAAAGAUAAAGAUCGGGCACGGUUAUCACACACUGAUCGAGGAGCAGACGGGAAAGCAAGCAGAGACAGGAAUGUAGACAAGAAACCAGAUAAGCCUAAAAGUGAAGACCAUGAAAAGGACAAAGAAAGAGAGAAAAGUAAACAUAGAGAAGGUGAAAAGGAUAGGGAUAGGUACCACAAAGAUAGGGACCACACUGACAGAGCUAAAAGCAAAAGGUAAAAUUGGCAGGCUAUUUCAUGAGUACAUUUAAAUAACUAUUAAAUGUUGUAUCUUAAAAACUUUAUAUAAGACUGCCUGCUAGGACUGUGCCAUCUUUUAAAAUUUUUAAUAUUGGUGAUUUGCAGAAAAAUAACUUCUGUGUGUUGGUGCAGAGCAUUCUGUACCAUUGCUCCUCAUCCCUUCUUCAUACCAACUGUCUCUAGUUGUAGGAAUUUAAUAUUUUUUAAAGUUUUACAUUGCUGUAUAUUCAAAGAUUUGUUUAAUAUGCAAUAAAGGCUUAGAAAUUUUAGUUUUAUUCUGUAAUUGAUAAAUAUGGUUAACUACGGAAUAUAUUUACUGCCUCUAGUGAAUGUCCUUUAUAUAAUGACUAAUUUGAGAAUAGUGUGUGCUCCGUAAGUUUGUUUUAAAUUGCACUGUUUUUUUAAAAGAUGUAGAGGAACUACAAAAGCCAAGCAACUUCAUAAUCAAAUUAUACUAAUUGUUUAGUUGAGUAAUUUUGACCAAGAAUCAGAAGUCCAAGGAGUACAUUUAUUGCUUUAAUCUGCACUCAUCGAAGGCAUUUUAUUACUGUAUACUAUAGCUUUGUUAGAAGGCCCUUAUUUUCUUUUCCAUUUUUGGCUCUUCAGAAACUUGAAUACUUAAGCUUGUACAUGAUCUUGUGUUUUGCUAUCCUUUUUACUGUAAAAUGUAAAUAUUUUAAGGGAUAUUUUGAUUCUAAAUAUGAUAAAAAGUCUUUCACCUAUUUUGUGUGUGUGAUUUGAAAUUCAGUACAAAAAUUUCUUUAAAGCUUU